AUGAUGAAGGCUCUGCUGACCACAUGCCUCCUCUUGACUCUGCUCUAUCCAGAUCGCAGCUGCAGUACUCUGGCAUCUCUAAUCUGUUACCAGUGUAUUGGCACUAAACAAGCCUGUAACAACCCUUUGGAGCUAGAAUGUGCAGAGGGUGAAGACAACUGUGUCAGCUUCGCUGGGGAAUUGGUGCUUUACAAUUACACCUUCAGCUUUUAUACGAAGACUUGUACCAACUCCAAGUACUGUGAAACAGGCAUUUUCAGAACCGUUGAAGAAACUGGGUUUUCCACGUCCGCGAAUGUCCGUUGUUGCAAUUCUGAUCUAUGCAAUGGAGAAGAUAACCAGACGCCACCUAACUUAAACCUUCAACCCAAUGGCCUUGAGUGCCCAAGCUGCUUUGACCUUGAUGCGGAUCAUUGCCAAGCUGAUGACACUGUCGCUUGCCUGAGUGAUGAGAGUGUAUGCUAUUACGUAGGUCUUACUAUCGAAGCACCUGAAGAUACAGAGAUGAGGUUGGCUUACCAAAGUUGUGGAACACCAGAUCUGUGUCAAAUCCCAACAGGAGUUGUACACACUGUUGGUGGAUCAAUUGUCGCCAACAUCAAAUAUUCACAAUGCAGCAUUCCUCAGCAAAUAGAUCAACAACCUGAGCUCAACCCUUCCGCCACAGAUUCUACCACUUUUAGGAAUGAGGUGGGAGGGAGUGGGGAGCUUAGUAGUCACAGCACCACAGAUCUGGGGCUUGAGACUCCCAGGAUCACCCUUUGAGCAGUUGGUGCAGGUGGAUGGGAUGUCAUAAGGCAAGUAAAAUGGGACUAAAUAAAGUUUGGGGACUAA